GCGCUUCUGUGCUCUAUAAGCGUAUGUUUUCCCAAUAGAAAAUUUCCUGUUGUCAGACCCACGCACCAUAGAGACGCGCGCACGCUCACCUCCAUCACUGGAAAGCGCGUGGAGUUUUUACUGAACAUUCCCAAAAUAUCUGCUUGUUAGCGCUGCUCUAAAUUAAUUCUGCCUCUAAUCAGUUAACCCGAUCAUAAUUUUAGAGGACAUUCGCCUUCAAUGUUUUGAAGUAACGAGGUUUUUGGCAACAUGCCAGUAAUUGUAGCACGUUUGGGGACAAAGCACAAAGGCACAUCACAGGAGGAGCACUUCACUGGUGUCUUUGCAUGGCACUGCCUGCACUUCAGUCGACCAGCAGUGCUGAGUCCACUGAUAUGCACUGACCUGUGAUGUGCUCUGAAUGGAGCAGGAGAUACGGGUCUGGCUGUGGAGUGAGACCCCAACUCUGCCAGCUCCUCAGCAAGGGUCUCUCUGAAUACCUUCUGAUGCAUAGAUAUGUCCGAUGGUCUGUGUGAAAUCAUCAGUUGCUUUAAGAUGACCAAGGAGAACUGAAAGAGAUCCUGGCGCCUCCUCAAGGUUUCUAUUUCUCUGUCUACUACCUGCACUCCUCUAUGGGUUCCCGAAGUCAUGGGUUCUUCCACCACCAUCAUCAUCAUCAUCACCGCAGUUCAGUGAUGCCCACAGCUGUACCUCGACUGGUGCCCGAGACCAGCAGCCUGUUGGGUGGCAUCGCCCAGAUCACCCCUUCCUUGUUCCUUGGCCGUGGGAAUGUGGCGUCGAACCGCAGUCUCCUCCUGUCGAAAGGAAUAACCUGCGUGGUAAACGCCACCAUCGAGCUGCCCAACUUCAACUGGCCGCACAUGGAGUAUGUGAAGGUGCCACUGGCCGACAUGCCUCAUUCUCCAAUCUCACUUUAUUUUGACAGUGUGGCUGAUAAGAUCCACAGCGUUGGCCGCAAACGUGGUGCCGUCCUGGUGCAUUGCGCGGCUGGUGUGAGCCGAUCCGCCUCGCUUUGUUUGGCUUACCUCAUGAAGUACCACAGAGUUUCCCUGGCUGAUGCCCAUGCUUGGGUCAAGGCCCGGCGACCCGUCAUUCGUCCUAAUGGAGGAUUCUGGCGACAACUUAUUGACUACGAGAGGAAACUGUUUGGCAGGAACUCCGUGAAAAUGAUCCAGACACCAUAUGGGGUCAUGCCAGACGUGUACGAGCGGGACCGCAGAGACCUGGCACCUUACUGGGGCUUGUGAAGAGGGGUUUUGUCUUUGGUUUAAGCGUAGAGGAGAAUUAACAGGUCCGAUAACUGAUCUCUGACUCUGUCGUCUUCCGACCUCUUUCGAAAUGUGUGCAUGUUCCUCCAGCAAGAGAAUCAUGUGAGAUGUGAGUCCUUGCCUGGGUGUUUGUGUCCAUUUUUGAGAUGGACAACGUCACUCGGAGUCCACUCUUUUAUGAGGUUAGAAGUGAUAGGGUCAUUUUUUAAUGUUGAACUGUUAUUUUAGAAGCACUUUGGGAACCAAAUGAGGUGCUGAGAAUCACAAAUUUGCCCUUCCUUAAAACUGUGCUAAUGUUGUCUUAGUUCUGCUCUUUUAUUUGAUGAGAAAUGCAGCAGACUGCUCUUGAUUACUGGUAGCAUUUAAAAAAGAAAAAAAAAAGAAAACGUAUUCCAAUGUAUAUCUUUAGCUUUUGUGCAGAAGAAAUAAUAAUAAUAAUAAAAAAAAGACAAUAGUUUUGAAAGGUCUCAAGAGCCACAAAAAUGUUUAGCAGAUGGAUAUUUUACAAUAUUAUGAGUUUAAUAGAUUUGUGUAUAUUGAAUAUAACAGGAAAUAUCUAUCUUUAAAUGAUAAUGGUACUCCAAAAAGGACAGUCAACAUUUUGAAAGCUUUGGAAUCUUUUGUUUAUAAAAAGCAGAUUGUUAAAUAUGGCAGUCACUGUCAAGUCAUUUUUUCAAAUAAUUUAGUCUAUUUGGUCUUUUUGCAAUUUCUAUUGUUUUUAUCUUUAUGACUAUUUAAGUCAAGAUGUUUCUUUAAAAUAUUUAAUGUAGUGAAUCACAAUAAACAGAGGAGACAUCUGUCACAGGACUCAUAGCAAAGCUUUUACUAAUUCAUGUUAGAAAACUUGAAUUUAUGUUAAAGUGUUUUAAUUAGUGUGUUCAAAUGAAUAAAUGAUUAAAUAUUGUAUUGUUGCAUUUGCUUAGUUCCUUAGUUCAUCAUAAAUGCAUUAACAUUAACUCAAAUGUUUACCUUUUUUAAAUGUACAAAUUACAGAAACACUAAAUAUGUAAAAAAAAAAAAAAGAAAAAAAAGAAAACGGUUUUCUAUUCUUGCUAAAUGUGGACACUUCAAGUAAGCCAUUUAUAGGUUGAUUUCCCUAAAAGUGUAAAUGCUGUGGCAUUAUUAAAACAUUGCAAAACAU